GGAGCCGAGGCGCCCCCCCCGCGGCUCCCCGCGGACACCCGCGCCGCCCAGGCAGGGUGUGGUGCUGCUCCAUCCCCUCCGCCUCCCGCUGCUCCGGUGGGACAGCGGAGAAGUCUCCUCCUCCUCCUCCUCUUUUCCAUAUCCUUCUCCAGCCCGGCUCUGCUGACGUGUCUUGCUUUGCAAACCUCCUCCCCGCUCGCCCGCCCGCUUUCCCAAGCCAACCCAGCAGCCUCGCUCGCGAAACAUGGCUGCGGCCCGGCGGCCUCUAACGCUCGCGCUCCGGCUCCUCGCCUUCUUCCUGUGCGCCGAGCCGCUCGCUUGCCACAGCCGGGAGCCCGAGCGCCGUUUUGCCGAAUACAAGCGAUGCGCCGACCCCGAAUGCAGCAUGCUGAUGUGUAGAGGGAAGGCAGUGAAGGAUUUUAAAGGUCCAGAUUGUCGUUUUUUAGAUUUUAAAGAAGGAGAAUCAAUAUAUGUGUACUAUAAGCUAACUGGAAGAACGAACGAGCUUUGGGCUGGAAGUGUUGGAAAUAAAUUUGGCUAUUUUCCAAAGGAUUUACUUGAAAUAAAUCAUAUUUAUACACACGAUGAGCUGGAACUUAUAACAGAUGAAACAGAUUUUGUUUGUUUUGAUGGAGGCAAUGAUGAUUUUGAUAAUUAUGAUGUGGAUGAGCUUUUAAAGAUAUCAGAGGAUAUGGAAGGUGGCAAUGCAGAAGAUGAGCUAGAAUCUGAAGAGGAAGAGGACAUCGAAUGGGCUGACUCUGCAGAGUCUAUUGGCCCAGAUGCUAAUAGUUUUGACAUAGGCUCAGAAGAAGAGAGUAAAGACAAUGUAAAAAUGAAUGAACAAGUAAAUGUACUUCUUGAAAAUACUGAGAAUGUAGAAGAAGCUCUUGAUUCCAAGAGUGAAAAUCCUGUUGUAAAUAGUGAUACAGAAAAUCCUCAGGGAGACCAAAGUGCACAGAAGCCUUUUGAAAAAAUGCUGCAGGAAACAUUGAAAGUGCCAAAACAUGAAAGUGCCAAAAACUCUAGUCUAUCUCAGGGUGAAGCUAAAAAAUCAGAUUACAGAGGCAAAGAAGUAUCGGAGGACUUAAAAACAACAUUUGGCUCCACUGCAGAUGCCUUUGUGUCUGAUGAUGAGACAACUAGCCUUGUUACAUCACUUGAUGGUGAGUCCAGGGAAGAUUUAGACGUUGACACUUCUGAUAUGGAGAAGCUGAAAGAACCAAAGGAGCAGUCAGAGGAAAUUCCUUUGUUACCUUUUGAACGAAAAAUCAAAUCUUCAGACCCCCCAGAAACUGAAAAUAUGUCACCUGGGGGUGUCUUCGAGUCAAAAGCAAGUGUUUUUAAUGAUGAUGCCACAGCAGAAGCAGAAUUAAUACAUGAGAAAAAAGAUGACUCUGGUCUAUUAACACAUUUAGGAGAUAAGUUUUUUGCCAUUGUCAGUGGAGGUGAAAGAACAGGUGAUGAAAUGGAUGAGAACAAGGCUGAUUUUGAGGAGGACAGUGAAGAUGAGGAUGAUGGUGAUGAUGACAGUGAGGAUGGUGAGGACGAUGUAGUCCUAAUUAGUAAGAAUGAAAACACAGAAGAUGCAUUACUUCAUUCGGAGUCUUCAGCAGAAUAUGAUCCCUUUAUAUCAGAACAUGAUCUUCUUGAAAAGAAGUCACAUAAUACUGAUACUAAAAAUUCUAAGGAAGAAAUGCAUAAAAGAGCGAACCAUAAGGGAAAGCAUGAGGACACUCAGGAAGAACAAGUUACAGAAGAAAUGGAAAGUACCUCUACACACAAUAUGGAUGUGUUUUCCAGUUUUGGAGAUGAUCAGCAACCUAAAGCAACCAUGGAAACGGAGGAGAAAAAUUUAAAGCCACCCCUGGGUGACAUCAAAGAUGACCCAGAAGGCUUAUCUCUUCAUAAGAUAAUGAAAGAGAAGGAAAGAGAAGAGAAAAAUAUGGAGGAUAGACUGGAAAAUGAUACAAAACACAAAACACUGUGGGAAAAAAUAGGUCAUAAAAAGGAGGCUAAACAACCAAUGAACUUUGUACCAGAUGUGCUGGAAGAAUUAACAAAUGAAUCUCAGAGUGAAUUUGAGGAUGCUGACUUCACAGAAGGUAAAGCAAAAUACGGUGGAAAGGAGGAGGGAGAAGAUUUUGAACCAGGAGUGAUACUUGGCAGUAAUAAACAAUCAAAUGAUUCUGGUACGGAAAAUAUUCCUACUGAAAAAGAUAUUCAAAUGUCUACUGAACAAUCUCAACAGGAAACUGUAACCCAGGAUUUAGAAGGAAGUGAAGAGGAGGAUGAGGAACAGGAUGACUACAUAAGUAGUGAGAAAACACUAGAGAAAAAAUCUAUUCUAGAAAAAUCAGGGGAAGGCACCCAUCUUAAAAACCUUACUCAGCAAAACACUGUUCACGAUGAAGCUGAGGACUUGGACAGAGUUACUGAAAUGGAUGAAAAUUUAGAGAAAUCACACACAGAAGAAUUCAAGCCUGAAGAGACAGAGAUGGAAGAAGGUGAUUUCUUAGAAGAAUCAGAAGAGGAGUUACUUCAAGAUGAAAAUGCUAUGAGUGCAAAAUUAUCUAAAGAGAGACUCACAGAUGAGCAAGGUUUCCCGUUAGAUGUUGAAAACACAAGCCCUCAGCUACAAAUGCCAAACGGUGCUAUUUCAAGAGUUGCUAAUCCUGUUGAUGAAACAGGAGAAGAAGCAAUAGCAACUCUUGAACAGCCCCAGAAAGAAGAUGGCAUGGAAGAUUUGAAUGAGAAGCUUAGAGGAAUGCAAAUUAGGGAAGAGUCUCAACAGAAUGAAGACAAAGAUGAAAAGCAGGAAAAAGCAGAGCCAGCUUUAUUGCCUGCAACAGAAAAUUCUCUGGUCGAGGGGAAAAGUAAAAUACAAGAUGUUCAUGAUAAAACAAUGUCAAGCAAUUUAAAUUUCUCUGUAUUGGAUGAUAAGGAUGACAUUAAACAAAUCAAGGAACAUGAUUUUUCACAGAGGGGCCUUAAAGAACUAGAGACCUCAACUGAAGGUAAAUACCAACAUUCCCAUGAUCCUAGAGAUGUUUCAGAAAACACAAAUGAAGUUGUGGAGUCAGAAUACAGUGAGUCUGUGAGGGAACUCAUUAUAAUGAAGGAAUUUCUGGAUGAAAAACGCAUUGCACGUUUAAAAAAGUAUCUUGGACAACAGCAUGUUUUCAGGAUUGAAUCUUUGUUUCAUGACAUGGAGUUGGAGCUAUUGCUAGCUCAGAAACAUAAUGGGAAUUAUGAGGACACUGAAAAGGCUUUGGAUCAGAUCCUUGAAUCUUCAGAGUCUAAUAUUCUAGAUGUUCUGAACAAGGCUUUGGAUUCAAGAGAGAUGGAAAACAAAGAAGAAGUGAUCAAGGAAGUAGACUUGUUUGAUGAAGAAGCUGCCUUAAUGGAUGAUGUUCAGGAACUAAUGUAUUCAUUAAGGCAAAAGUAUUCUCCAAUUAGUGAAAGUGCUCCUCUUGUAUCACUUGUAGAAUUUGAGAUGGAUUCCCAUGAACCCAUUAAAGCUAAUGAAAAAGAAAUAGAACAGGGCAGAGAUCCAGUAGAAAGCCCUGACAAAAUAGAACCAAAGUUUUUACGCAACAUAGAAAAGACAUCUGACAAGGAAGACAUUCUUGAAUUGGGUCAACCAGAAGAGGAUGAUGACAUUUUGGCACAGGCUGGAACUUCAGAUGAAACAGGGUUCAGAAAUGUCCUUGAGAGUCACAAAAGAAAACCAGAUAUGGCUACAACCCUUGAAUCAGUUGAUCCACAAACAGGGGAAGACUUGAUUGCAGGUCUAUCUAAAGACAAGGGUGAUACAAUGAAAGACAGCAAUAAUCCAUCUGAAGUAGACUCUGCUGCUCCACAUUUUCCUGCUGCCUUUGAUGGUGCAAUACUAUUAGCAAAGGAGAAUAUGCAACCACUUGCAAAGAUGCUGGUUUCAACACUGCCUGAAGCCAUGCAGCCUGGCCCUGACUUCCAUGGACUUCCUUGGGAGCCCAUUAUCAUCACAGCUUUUGUGGGGUUUGCAACACUUGCCAUUUUCUUCUGGAGGACCUGCCUAUCUGUGAAGAGUAGAAUGUAUCAAGUGACAGAAAAACAACUUGUAGAAAAAAUUAGUAGCCUUAUGAAAGAAAAGACAGAAAUUCUAGAGAAGAUGUCAGAAUAUGAUCAAAAGAUAAAGGAGGCAAAGGAAUCUGUUAAAGAAACACAGAAACAAAAUUCUAAUCUUUCUGAUGAAACUGCAGAGCUUAAGGACACAGUCAGGGGGCUUAAAGAAACAAAUCAUCUUCUAGAUGACAGAGUGAAAAAUUUAAACACCAUGCUAGAAAUUGAGAGAGAGCACAACGCAAAGAAAAAAGAACAACUCACAGAAGCACAGAAGACUUUGGAGAAGUUGCAAGAAACCAUUACAUUUCAUUCUGCAGAACUCUCUGAGGUGCAGCUAGCUCUGAAUGAAGCUAAGUUAAAUGAAGAGAAACUGAAGUCUGACCUUCAUCGUAUGCAAGAAGAGAAUGUAAGACUCAAGAAGAGUAAGGAACAACUGUUGCAAGAGGCAGAAGGUUGGAGUGAAAGGCAUACUGAGUCCACAGAACAGAUAAAGUUAUAUCAGAAGUCUCAGAAGGACAUGGAAGAAGCACUUGCCUAUAAGGAAAAUGAAAUUGAAGUUUUAACUAACUGCAUUAUGCAGCUGAAGCAGCUUGAUGCAGAUUCUGAGUCUGAAAACAAGAGGGAUGAAGGAAGCGAUCUUGCCAAUGGAGAGAUCACAGAUACCAGGAAUGAAAAGAUGAAGAACCAGAUUAAGCAGAUGAUGGAUGUUUCACGGGUAAAAACAACAUUAUCAAUCAUAGAAGAAGAAAGAGAUAGCUUGCGUUCCAAGCUAAAUGAUGAAGUAGCAUCAAGGCAUGAACUGGAAGAGCAAAUCAAGAAGCUGGAACAUGAUUCAUCAUCUUUACAGUCAGUCAGAUCUCAACUAGAAAGUGAAUGCAGAACGUUGCAACAAAAAGUAGAGAUUCUCAAUGAGCUUUAUCAGCAGAAGGAGAUGGCACUUCAAAAGAAAUUAACACAGGAAGAAUAUGACCGUCAAGAGAAGGAGCAGAAGUUGUCUGCUGCUGAUGAAAAAGCAAUCCUGGCUGUUGAAGAAGUGAAAGUUUACAAGCAGAGAAUUCAGGAAAUAGAAGAAGAACUGCAAAAAACAGAGCGGUCUUACAAAAACCAGAUUGCUGCCCAUGAAAAGAAGGCCCACGACAACUGGCUCAUAGCACGUUCUGCAGAAAGGGCAUUAGCAGAGGAAAAAAGGGAAGCUGCCAACCUGAGACAAAAGUUAAUAGAAGUGAAUCAAAAAAUAGCAGCACUUCAAAGACCAAUAAUUGUGAAACCAACUGCAGGCCGACCAGACCAUCAGAUCCCUCCCCGCAGAGGUCCAUUAAGUCGAGAUGGAUCUUUCGGGCCUUCGCCUGUGAGUGGUGGGGCUCCUUCACCACCACUGAUGAUGGAACCCCCUGGACGACCCCUUUCUGCCAAUCCAAGGGAAGGUUCAAGAAGUGAAUUUAGUUCUACUGUGAUAGAUGGCCCUCCAGCCCCAAGGAGACAUCUGGAGCUAUCUGGAAGAAUGUCUGCCCCAGAUCUUGGUCCUGCUGUCGCUGCUCUGAUUAACAGUGGCCCAAGAACAUCCUCUCCUUCGGCAGUGGAUGGAAUGCAAAACCUUCCCAGAGAACAUGACACCCUUUGUGUUUCUACUGCCCCAUCUUCAUCUUCUGAAACAACUGCAGUUACCAUGGGUUCUAAAGGCCCACCAUCUUUCCCGGGACACCCCAUGAUGACAUCUCCAGGACCUGGACCGCUGCCACCUCCAGUUCGAUUUGGACCUCCGCCCCGGGCACCAUAUGGAUCUCGGCCUCUUCCACUCGCACGUGGAGCUCCUCCUCCACCUCUUCCAAGAGACUACCCACCUGGCCCUCCAUUUGGAAUAAGAGACUUCCCACCUGGCUCACUUCCACCACCUGAACAGAGAGCAUAUAUCCGUGGACCACCUCCAUUCCGGCCUCCACCUCCACGGGAUUUUCCUCCAGGUCCACGGCUACCUCCACAAGGAUUAAGGGACUAUCCUCCUCUUUCAGUCAGAGACUUGCCACCUUCUGCACCCAAUGAAUACCAAGGAGGCCCUCCCUGUCCCCCAUCUCCAGCUAACUCACGGGACUCUGCUCAUCAUCCUGAACAGAAACCAUGACUUGGUUUUUGGACUUAUCUCUAUCACGUUUCAUGUGGUGAGGAUUUCAGUGGCUUCAGCAAAACCAGCUGUCUCCUGAUUUGGACUUUCAGUGUAGCUUUUUUUUCCUCCAGCAGAAAUAUUUCUCUAGCAAUGUGCAUUUGGAUCACCUUUAAAUCAGGACUUGUUAUACUUGCAUCAUGAGAUGCAAGUAUAAUUUUUCUGUGAUGACUCUGAAGUCUGCUUCUACAGCUGUGGCUGACCUGCAGCUGCUCUCAACGUGCAAUAUACAAAAGUACCCGUGUGGUUAAUUUUUAAUUAAUGUAGCCUUAUGUAACAAGUCAGUGAAUGAUUUCAAAAUUAUAAUCUGAACAUUUCCUGUGGAAAUAGCUUCGGCAAGAAAUGCUACCCCUUCACACAUAGCCUACAGUGACUGUAGACAAGUGGUUUACAUAAGGAUUCUAAUGCAAAUCUUUUUAAACAUGUGGUGUGAAAGUACACUGUACUCAAAGGACACAUCUAAUAAAGAGAAUAAGAAUCUUUUUUU